AUGAAUCUAGAUGUACUCGUAGUUGGAGGAGGCCCCGUAGGACUCAUGAUGGCAAGCGAACUUUGUCGAUACGGUCUGACCUUCCGAAUCGUCGAUAAGGCUCACGAUGUUAAUGAAUUGAGCAAAGCGUUUGGAAUUUCCGCUCGAAGCAUGGAUAUUCUCGCGAGUCGUGGUCUGGCUGAUGAAAUUCUACGAAAGGCAAACAAAAUCCACAAAAGCUAUCUGAAACAGGGCAAGAAUACUAUAUUCUCGUUGUCUGUUGUCUCGCAAGCAGGAGAAGAGCGCAAGACACGUUUCCCAUAUAUGAGUGUCCUCCCACAGUCUGACGUUGAAGCCAUAUUGGCAGAAGAACUUGAACGCCAAAUGGGUCGACCUGUCAUCGAACGAGGAAUAGCUCUCGACUCGUAUAUCGAUACUCCUGAAGGCAUCACUGCUACCUUGAUCAAAACCGAUCGCAGUGGCAAGGAAGUAGAACGUCAGGUCUGUAAAGCCAAGUACAUUGUUGGGUGUGAUGGUGUCCAUAGUAAAGUCAGGAAAGGUGUCAAAGGAUGGGAUUUUGAUGGCAAGACUUUGGCGCAAACUCAGGCUCUUGGAGAUGUCCUGCUCUCUCGUGGAAACGAACUCGUCGAUGGCAUGUCGUUUUUUGUGCAUCCAAAAGGAGCCCUCUUCGCAGUCCGCUUUGUGAGUACAGAUGUCAAGUCUUCGUUGGCUUCUCCCAACUCGGACCGUGUGCGCAUAGGCUACAACAUUGAUAAAUACUCGCUGGAAAAGAAUGCAAAGGUUACUACACAUUGGGUAGCAGGACUCACCAGCCAUCAAAAAGGAGCGAAUGCCUACGACGAAUCAGUCAAAAUCACUGGUUUCACGAUCGAAGACUUACGAAAGGGUGUCGAAGAGAGAACAUAUGGUGCUUUGUCAGUUGAUACCCACAUCGAUGCCAGCACUUGGGUUACCACCUUCAAGGUAAAUGAACGAAUCGCAAAUGGCUACCGACGAGGACAUGCCUUUGUUGCAGGUGAUGCUGCCCAUUGUCAUAGUCCUUUUGGUGGGAGAGGAUUGAAUACAGGAAUUCAAGACGCACAUAAUCUUGCAUUCAAGUUGAAUUUUGUUAUCAAAGGAUUGACCAAGUCCGCUGAAGCCGUACUAGGCUCGUACAGUAUUGAAAGGUUUCCAGUCGGUCAGCAAACUCUCGCCAUUAGUGGUGGAAUGUUGCAAGUAGCCACCAAUACUUUUGCAGACAACCCUAUUGGAAGAGGCCUUAUGUCGUUGAUUUUUAGUGUUGUCUUCCCACAUGUUGCUUCCAAUAGCAAGUUUCAAGAAAAGGCUCGACACAUGGCGAGGCAAUUGAACGUCAACUAUACUGCUACAAUCCCAAACUCUAUACUCUUGCGUAAAGUAGAACCACAACUUGAAGCUACCAAGGGGUCAUUGGCAAAAGUUGGAGAAUACUGCCCAGAUGCCCAUCUCAUGAAUGAACGUCUACCAUUGUCGUCAUCCUUACGACAAACAACCUUACAUAAGUUGCUGAGUCAGACUACUAAAUUUACGUUGGUAUGGUUGACUGGAACCGAUACGUCAGACCCUUCCAAGAAUCCCAUUUUAUCCAACUUUUAUACACUGGUAUCCAAGUACUCCGCCACUGUUACUGGUCUGCAACUAUCCAAGUUUGAACUGGUGUCAUCGCCUUCAAACGUCCCACGACAUAUACUACUCGCUUCUGAACUUGGUGCUGCUUGCAUGCCACUCUUUGGUGCGUCGACCAAACCUGUAUUGGUGUUGGUCAGGCCUGAUCUUUAUGUAGGAAUGAUGGUGUAUGCUCACUCUACGUCGCAAAUGGAAAAGUAUCUUGCAGAUCUAUUUGGAUCUAACAGCAAAUUAUAG